GUGGGGUGGCAGUUGAAAAAUUUGGUGAAUGCACUACGAGAGGAUCCGAGUGGUGUUAUCUUAACUUUGAAAAAGCGACCUCAGAGCAUGCUUACCUCAGCACCAGCUUUACUGAAAAAUAUGAGAUGGAAGCCCCUUGCUCUGCAGCCUCUUAUCCCUAGAAGUCCUACAAGCAGUGUUGCUACGCCAUCCAGCACUAUCAGCACACCUACAAAAAGAGACAGCUCUGCCCUUCAGGAUCUUUACAUACCCCCUCCUCCAACAGAACCUUAUGUUCCAAGGGAUGAAAAGGGAAAUCUCCCAUGUGAUGAUGUUGGCAGACAUAUAGUGGGCAAGCCAGUUCAUACAGGCUCGGAAUCUCCAAACUCAUUUCUUGACCAGGAAUAUCGAAAACGCUUUAAUGUGGUUGAAGAAGAUGCAGUUUUAUACUGCUAUGAGUAUGAGAAAGGAAGAACAAGUGGUCCUGGAAGGAGAGAGAGCACACCGACUUAUGGGAAACUAAGGCCUAUUUCUAUGCCAGUAGAAUAUAACUGGGUGGGGGACUAUGAAGACCCCAAUAAAAUAAAAAGAGAUAGUAGGAGAGAAAAUUCAUUGCUUCGCUAUAUGAGCAAUGAGAAAAUAGGUCAAGACGACUACAUGUUUCAAAGGAAUAGCAAAAAGGAUACUGGGAAAAAGUCCAAAAAGAAGGGAGACAAGAGUAGUAGUCCAAGUCAUUACUCGCUGUUGCCUAGUUUACAAAUGGACUCACUGAGACAAGAAGUCAUGGGCACACCUGGACCAGAAACCGCUUUGUACCACACGUUUCAGCAGUCCUCUCUACAGCAGAAAAGUAAAAAGAAGAGCAAAGCUCCUAUUCCUGGUAAAAGCAAAAGACGGAUCUCAUGUAAAGAUCUUGGUCGAGGGGACUGUGAAGGCUGGCUUUGGAAAAAGAAAGAUGCCAAGAGUUAUUUCUCCCAGAAAUGGAAAAAAUACUGGUUUGUCCUGAAGGAUACAUCUCUAUAUUGGUAUAUCAAUGAAGAGGAUGAAAAAGCAGAAGGAUUCAUCAGUCUACCUGAAUUUAAAAUUGACAGAGCCAGUGAAUGCCGCAAGAAAUAUGCAUUCAAAGCCUGCCAUCCUAAGAUCAAAAGUUUUUAUUUUGCUGCUGAACAUCUAGAUGAUAUGAACAGAUGGCUAAACAGAAUUAACAUGCUUGCUGCUGGCUAUGCAGAAAGAGAGAGGAUCAAACAAGAGCAAGAUUACUGGAGUGAGAGUGAUAAGGAGGAAGCUGACACUCCAUCGACACCCAAACAAGACAGCCCACCACCCCCAUACGACACAUACCCACGGCCUCCUUCGAUGAGCUGCGCAAGCCCUUAUGUGGAGCCAAAACACAGCCGACUCUCAUCCACGGAGACCUCCCAGUCGCAGUCGUCACACGAGGAGUUUCGCCCGGAAGCGGUGGGGAGCUCCACCGACUCGCCGGUGCGCAAGACGGCGAGCCAGCGGCGCUCCUGGCAGGACCUCAUAGAGACGCCGCUGACAAGCUCAGGACUCCACUACCUGCAGACGCUGCCACUGGAGGACUCUGUGUUCUCCGAGACGGCCGUGGUCUCCCCCGAGCACCGGCGGCAGUCUACCUUGCCCACCCAGAAGUGCCACCUGCAAGACCACUAUGGCCCCUUCCCUCUCGUGGAGGGUGAGCGGAUGCAAGUGCUGAAUGGGAAUGGGGGAAAGCCCCGAAGUUUCACUCUGCCUCGGGAUAGCGGCUUCAACCACUGCUGCCAGAGCCUUUCAGUCGGUGCCGCCGAUCACCACGAAGAAGUGCAGCAGAAGGAGGUGGAGGAGGAGGAGGAAGAGGAAGGCAAAGCAGCAGAAGAAAACCAGGAAGAUAAAA